AUGGUCAAGGCCAGAAAACUAAUCCAGUCGCAGUUCUGCAGCGCUAAAAAAUGGCAGGAGGAAUGGUUGGACAAUACGGUAUUACAUACAAAUUUGAUAAAGGAUCCCGCACAAAGAGUUAAAGGGUUCGAACUUCCACGACAAGAAUGGGUAAUCCUUAACCGAUUAAGAAUUGGACACGGAAGAUAUGGACAUAUGAUGUUCAAGUGGAAAUUAAAGGACAUUCCAGAAUGUGAUUGUGGAAAUUACAGCCAGACUAUGAGACAUAUUACAGACGAAUGCGCGAAUAGAAGGUUCCCGUCGGGCAUUAAUGGGUUAAAUGAAGCUACGAAGGAAUCGUGUGAAUGGAUAAAGGCCUUGGACAUAGAAAUCUAG